AGUGAGAUUUCCAUGCAAGACCCAGAGAAGUCCAGAUCAGAGCAGGGCACGUUCUGACGCAACUUGCCACAGACUGCAAAAGUACCCUUGGAAGGCCUCCGUCUCAGCACCUCCAGAGAAGUAGGCAGAGGGCUUCCCAGCCAUGGGUGAGGUGACAGCAGAGGAGGUGGAGAAGUUCCUGGACUCAAAUAUUGGCUUUGCCAAACGGUAUUACGAUCUCCACUACAGGGCCAAGGUCAUCUCAGACCUCCUUGGGGCCAAGGAGGCAGCUGUGGACUUCAGCUACUACCACCCACUGAGCAGCGUGGAGGAGAGUGAAAUCAUCUUUGAUCUCCUGAGGGACCUUCAAGAGAACUUGCAGGCUGAGAAGUGUACCUUUAAUGUCAUGAAGAAGCUGUGCUUUCUCCUGCGGGCAGACCGUAUGAGCCUGUUCAUGUACAGGGCCCGAAACGGCAUCGGGGAGCUAGCCACUCGACUCUUCAAUGUCCACAAGGAUGCCACCUUUGAGGAAUGCCUGGUGGUGCCCGAUUCCGAGAUCGUCUUCCCUCUGGACAUGGGUGUCGUGGGCUAUGUCGCACAGUCUAAGAAGGUCAUCAGUGUCCCCAACACAAAAGAGGAUGAGCAUUUUUGUGACUUCGUGGACAACCUCACAGAGUACCAGACCAAGAACAUUCUGGCUUCCCCUAUAAUGAAUGGGAAGGACUUGGUGGCUGUAUUGAUGGCUGUGAAUAAAGUAGAUGGACCCCACUUCACCAAGGGAGAUGAAGAGAUUCUUCUCAAGUACCUCAAUUUUGCAAAUCUACUCAUGAAGGUUUACCACUUGAGUUACCUGUACAACUGUGAGACUCGGCGUGGCCAGAUACUGCUGUGGUCUGGGAGCAAAGUCUUUGAAGAACUUACAGACAUUGAGAGACAGUUCCACAAAGCCCUGUACACAGUCCGUGCCUUCCUCAACUGUGACAGAUAUUCUGUGGGUCUCUUAGACAUGACCAAGCAGAAGGAAUUUUUCGAUGUCUGGCCAGUUCUGAUGGGUGAAGCACCUCCCUAUACCGGUCCCAGGACCCCGGAUGGAAGGGAAAUUAACUUUUACAAGGUCAUUGACUACAUCCUGCAUGGCAAAGAAGACAUCAAAGUAAUUCCGAAUCCACCACCUGACCACUGGGCUUUAGUAAGUGGUCUCCCCACUUACGUUGCCCAAAAUGGCCUGAUUUGCAAUAUCAUGAAUGCACCUGCCGAGGACCUUUUUGCAUUUCAGAAAGAGCCUUUGGAUGAUUCUGGAUGGAUGAUCAAAAAUGUCCUUUCAAUGCCGAUUGUGAACAAGAAGGAAGAAAUUGUUGGGGUGGCCACGUUCUACAAUCGCAAAGAUGGGAAGCCCUUUGAUGAAAUGGACGAGACCCUCAUGGAGUCUUUGACUCAGUUCCUAGGCUGGUCUGUCUUGAAUCCCGACACCUAUGAAUCUAUGAACAAACUUGAAAAUCGGAAGGAUAUUUUCCAAGACAUUGUAAAAUAUCAUGUAAAGUGUGACAAUGAAGAAAUUCAGAAAAUCUUGAAAACCAGAGAGGUAUAUGGGAAGGAGCCAUGGGACUGUGAGGAAGAGGAGCUAACUGAGAUCCUGCGGGGAGAGCUGCCAGAUGUAGAGAAAUAUGAAAUUAAUAAAUUCCACUUCAGUGACUUGCCCCUCACAGAACUGGAGCUGGUGAAAUGUGGGAUACAGAUGUAUUAUGAGCUGAAAGUGGUGGAGAAAUUCCACAUUCCACAAGAGGCCCUGGUGCGGUUCAUGUACUCCCUGAGUAAGGGCUAUCGCAAGAUCACCUACCACAACUGGCGGCACGGCUUCAACGUGGGACAGACCAUGUUCUCCUUGCUGGUGACAGGAAAACUGAAGCGAUACUUCACUGACCUAGAGGCCCUGGCCAUGGUCACUGCUGCCUUCUGCCAUGACAUUGACCACAGAGGCACCAACAACCUCUACCAGAUGAAAUCCCAGAACCCGCUGGCCAAGCUCCACGGGUCCUCCAUCUUGGAAAGACAUCACUUGGAGUUUGGCAAGACACUGCUGAGAGAUGAGAGUUUGAAUAUCUUUCAAAACCUCAACCGCCGGCAGCAUGAGCACGCAAUCCACAUGAUGGACAUCGCGAUCAUCGCCACGGACCUCGCCCUAUAUUUCAAGAAGAGGACCAUGUUCCAGAAGAUCGUGGAUCAGUCUAAGACAUAUGAAAAUGAACAGGAAUGGACACAGUACAUGAUGUUGGAGCAGACGCGAAAGGAAAUUGUCAUGGCCAUGAUGAUGACCGCCUGUGAUCUCUCAGCCAUCACCAAGCCCUGGGAGGUGCAGAGCAAGGUGGCUCUACUGGUAGCGGCAGAGUUCUGGGAGCAAGGCGACCUGGAGCGCACAGUGCUGCAGCAGAGUCCCAUUCCCAUGAUGGACAGAAACAAGGCAGAUGAACUCCCUAAGCUUCAAGUUGGCUUCAUUGACUUUGUGUGCACCUUUGUCUACAAGGAAUUCUCCCGUUUCCAUGAGGAGAUCACCCCCAUGCUGGAUGGGAUCACCAACAACCGCAAGGAGUGGAAGGCGCUUGCUGACAAAUAUGAGGCCAAGAUGAAGGCGCUGGAGGAGGAGAAACAGAAGCAGCAGGAGGCCCAGCAAGCAGCCUCCGGAAACCAGCCGACGGGGAAUCCUAUCCCUGGGGGUGCACCUGCAUCCAAGUCCUGCUGCAUCCAGUAG